UGUCUUCAGUACUAGCUCAUAUAGAGCACUACUUCGACCACCUGCUGGCUGACAUGACUCCGCACAAGUGGCUAAACUUGCUCGCCGUCGAGAAAUUCUCCGAGGCUGUCCAUGCAAAGGGUGCCCCACUUGAUAAUUGCUGGGCCUUCAUCGAUGGAACGGCACGUCAGAUUUGUCGCCCAACGGUGGACCAGCAAGAGCACUAUUCAGGGCACAAGAGGCACCACGUGCAAAAAUAUCAAGCGGUGAUGUGCCCAAAUGGCAUAGUUUGCCAACUGGAUGGGCCUUUCAAGGGGCGACGUCAUGAUGCGGGCAUUCUCAAGGAAACCAAGCUCUACGAGAACCUUGAGAAAAUCACAAUGGGCAGGAAGUUUGUCAUUUAUGGCGACCCAGCCUAGCCUUUCCCACUCCUAUACAAGCCAUUUGGAGGCACUACCCUGCAGCCUUAUGAAGCGUUCUUUAACAAGGGCAUGAGCAGGGUGCAACAAGCUGUGGAGUGGGGCUUUGCUAAGGUUGCCACAGAGUUUGCUUUUGUGGACUUCCACAAAAAUCAAAAGAUGUCAUAUCAGAGAGUGGGGCGCAUGUACCGUGCGGCAACCCUGCUUGCCAACUGCCAUACGUGUCUGUAUGGCAGUCAAGUGUCUGACUUUUUUGAUGUUUGCCCCCCGUCACUUGACGAGUAUCUGGUGCCACAUUCCAUAUGA